GAGAGGCGGCGUUUAUAGUAAAUACCAACGAUGGCGUCAAGUUCGGUUUUCUUAGUUAUGGUCAGUGGACAAAUCGAGUCGGCAGAGUUUCCAGAAUUUGAUGAUAUUUAUUGUAGAUAUUGUUUUACACAUGGUCUCGAUUGGUUGAUUACCUCUGGACUUGAAGAAGGAAUUACUCAAGUUACAAAGAAAAGUCAAGAUGAAAAACAAAGAUUUGUAUGGAAUUUCCCGAUUGAUAUUACAUUUAAAAGUACUAAUCCAAGUGGUUGGCCUCAAUUAGUUGUGCAUGCAUAUGGACCGGAUGUAUUUGGAACAGAUGUCGUACGUGGUUAUGGUAAUUGUCACGUUCCUAUAACACCUGGAAGACAUAAGUUACACAUACCAAUGUUUGUACCAGAAUCUUCAUCAGCAUUUCAAAAAUUAACUAGUUGGUUUCUAGGGCGUCGACCUGAGUAUGUGGACCCCAGAGUUGUAGCACAAGGUGAAGGUAGAGAAGUUACCAGGGUGCGUUCACAAGGUUUUCUUACUGUUUCUUUUAAUGUUGUUAUGAAAGAUAUGAAGAAAUUAGGAUAUGAUGUACUACCUUCUGAUGUUGUUCAUGCCGCCCUGAUAGAGACAGUUGGUCCAACACAAGCUGGCACAGAAGCAUAGUUCAAUAGCCUUAUUCAAUCUAAAUAAAAGCUCUGUAAAUGUGUAAAUAUGUGUAUAUUAAAAAUGUAUAUUAUUAUAUUUUCAAGUCCUAUCUAUUCUGAUCCUACAUGUAGGUAGGACAAAAUUGGAUAUUGGCUGGAGAUAAUAUUCAACAGUCAUUCCUUAAAUAAUCCCUGGAUAAUCGUUUAUAACAUACCUAUAAAUAAUUGCUUUAUAAAAGGAUGAAAGUACAAGUAAAAAUAUAAAUAAAUUGAAUAAGUGUUGGUGAUUCAUAUCAAAAGGACAUUUGAAUUAAUAUUAAUGAAAAGAAUGUAUUAGAAAGUAAAUUGUUUCAAGGUAAAAAAUGAUCAAUCUUUUUUUUUUUUUUUCAUUUAAUUACCCUGAUAAAGAAUAGGAACUGUAUAAGACAUGUAUUUAUUCAUGAAAGAAAAGAUCAGUUACUUGUCACUUUGGAUUUGGAACAGAUAAAUUGCUGACAAUAUAAUUGAAGGCUCUUAGUCUAAGAUACAUAUAAGAAAUAGGAGUAUACACUAUAAAUAUUUCAGAAUUUUGUACUAAUUAAAUGUUAAAAAUUGUUAUAUUUAGAAUUCCGUCCUAGCAACUAACAAUGUAUGUUUUUAAUUUUAUGUACAUAAAAUAAACUAAAUCUUUUUUAUAAUAAUAUGUUAUAAAAAUUAUUUUUACAUUGUCAACAUAAUAAUGAUAUUCUUGCAGUUAUGAAUACCCCUGGUAUCCAUAUGUGUGUGGUUUUUGUCAGCCUCUCUGCUCACCCAUCUUCUACAGGUAAAAUCAUCGGCUAUUGUAAAUAAAACAUGGACUCUAUCGACAUACUGGGUCGCACAUCUUCUUGGACUUUGCAAUUAAUCAUUGAGAUUAAGUCCUUGUCACACUUUACCACAGACUCUUUGGAUUCAUUGUUCAACUAUCUGUAAGGUGAAUCUUAUGCCACAAAGUCAGGUGGGCAAUUAUUUGCAGCACUGGAAAUGUAAAACUUCAACCUAAUCAUCAAAAUUAUGUCUUUCUUCUUAAUCUGAAAGAGGAAUUGUGUAAGAGCUAAAUCUGCAUAUUGUAGGUCUUGUUUCUAGCUUCACAUGUUAUAAAAUUAUUAUUUAGAUAUUUAUUCACACAACAAACCUAUAAUCAAAUCUCUAGGAAAACAGAUAUCUUCGAUAUUGAAUGGAUUAGAACACAUUCUCCUUUUAAUAAUUUUUUUUAAAAAAAACCCGGAUAAACGAGACUUUGUUUAAUAUCGUAGCAAUGGUACUUGUAAGCUUCAAACAUUCAUUUCAUAACUUCACUCAGAAUAAAGUAAUUUGACUAAAA